GCCUGCCUUACAGACGCCCCAUCCUCGGGGGACGACGAAGAUGGGGACGACGAGGCCGAGGACACAGCAGGGGCCCCUUACUGGACGCGGCCCGAGCGGAUGGACAAGAAGCUGCUAGCGGUGCCGGCCGCCAACACUGUUCGUUUCCGCUGCCCAGCUGCCGGCAACCCCACGCCGUCCAUCACCUGGCUGAAGAACGGCAAGGAGUUCCGGGGCGAGCACCGCAUCGGGGGCAUCAAGGUGAGCUCGCAGGCCGCCUCUGAAGCCCUCCCCACCACAGAGCGCUCUCCGCACCGGCCCAUCCUGCAGGCGGGGCUGCCCGCCAACCAGACUGCCGUGCUGGGCAGCGACGUGGAGUUCCACUGCAAGGUCUACAGUGACGCCCAGCCCCACAUCCAGUGGCUCAAGCACGUGGAGGUGAACGGCAGCAAGGUGGGGCCCGACGGCACGCCCUACGUCACCGUGCUCAAGACGGCGGGCGCUAACACCACCGACAAGGAGCUAGAGGUUCUAUCCUUGCGCAAUGUCACCUUUGAGGACGCGGGGGAGUACACGUGUCUGGCGGGCAAUUCUAUCGGGUUUUCCCAUCACUCUGCGUGGCUGGUGGUGCUGCCAGCCGAAGAGGAGCUGGUGGAGGCUGGUGAGGCUGGCGGCGUGUUUGCAGGCAUCCUCAGCUACGGGCUGGGCUUCCUCCUCUUCAUCCUGGCCGUGGCCGCCGUGACGCUCUACCGCCUGAGGAGCCCACCCAAGAAGGGCCUGGGCUCGCCCGCAGUGCACAAGGUCUCCCGCUUCCCGCUCAAGCGACAGGUGUCCUUGGAGUCCAGUUCGUCUAUGAGCUCCAACACACCGCUGGUGCGCAUUGCCCGGCUGUCCUCUGGCGAGGGCCCCACCCUGGCCAACGUCUCUGAGCUCGAGCUGCCCGCCGACCCCAAGUGGGAGCUGUCCCGGGCCCGGCUGACCCUGGGCAAGCCUCUCGGGGAGGGCUGCUUUGGCCAGGUGGUCAUGGCAGAGGCCAUUGGCAUCGACAAGGACCGAGCUGCCAAGCCUGUCACGGUGGCGGUGAAGAUGCUGAAAGAUGACGCCACGGAUAAGGACUUAUCGGACCUGGUGUCCGAGAUGGAGAUGAUGAAGAUGAUCGGAAAACACAAGAACAUUAUCAACCUGCUGGGCGCCUGCACGCAGGGCGGGCCCCUGUACGUGCUGGUGGAGUACGCGGCCAAGGGCAACCUGCGGGAAUACCUAAGGGCGCGGCGGCCCCCGGGCACCGACUACUCCUUCGACACCUGCCGGCUGCCCGAGGAGCAGCUCACCUUCAAAGACCUGGUGUCCUGCGCCUACCAGGUGGCGCGGGGCAUGGAGUACCUGGCCUCGCAGAAGUGCAUCCAUAGGGACCUGGCGGCCCGCAACGUGCUGGUGACCGAGGACAACGUGAUGAAAAUCGCCGACUUUGGCCUGGCCCGUGACGUGCACAACCUCGACUACUACAAGAAGACCACCAACGGCCGCCUGCCGGUGAAGUGGAUGGCACCCGAGGCCUUGUUUGACCGCGUCUACACCCACCAAAGUGACGUCUGGUCCUUCGGGGUCCUGCUCUGGGAGAUCUUCACGCUGGGGGGCUCGCCGUACCCCGGCAUCCCCGUGGAGGAGCUCUUCAAGCUGCUGAAGGAAGGUCACCGCAUGGACAAGCCGGCCAACUGCACGCACGAUUUGUACAUGAUCAUGCGUGAGUGCUGGCACGCCGCGCCCUCGCAGAGGCCCACUUUCAAGCAGCUGGUGGAGGACCUGGACCGCGUGCUCACCGUGACGUCCACCGACGAGUACCUGGACCUAUCGGUGCCCUUCGAGCAGUACUCGCCAGGCGGCCAGGACACCCCCAGCUCUGGCUCCUCGGGGGACGACUCCGUGUUCGCUCACGACCUGCUGCCCCCGGCCCCACCCGGCAGCGGGGGCUCGCGGACGUGAAGGGCUGCGGCCAGCCGGCCGAGCCCCCAUCAAUGUGAGAACAGACCCCAGCCCACCGUGCUGCCGCUGGCAUGCCGUGAUCACCGGGUCCUGCCGGCCCGGGCCCAAGACCUGGAACGGGUGGACGGAUGGACAGACAACGUCAUGUGUGUGUGUGUGCGCAUGCGUGUGGGCGCACGUGCACACACGCAUGUGCUCUGGGGUCCCUGGGGUGUUCGCCCUGGACGGGCAGCACCAGGGGACCAAAUGUAGAAUGUAAGGGGCUCCCCCACGGGGCCCCUCAGGACAGCGCUGGGCCCCUCCCCGAGCUCCCUGCCCCGCCCACAGUCCCCCACCGGGAGCACGGGGGGCUGGCCAGGCUCCGGGGUCCAGAGUGGGUCGAGGCCCCUCCAAGUGCCCAAGCUGAGCCUUCAGGGAAGCCCCCAUGCGGCGCACCUCCCCGCCAAGCGGCACCUUCUGCCUGGGGUGUUAGCAGUCCCCCACCUCCAGGCCUCCCCACUCCCCACCCCGCCCCCCAGAGACUGAAAUUACGGGUACCUGAAGGCAGGAGCCUUUUAACUUCUAUCUGAAAGGUUUAUUCCAGAAAUGAGUGUACAUUUAUAUAAAUAGAUGCUGUGUCUAUGAUAUACACAUACAUAUAUAUAUAAAUAUCUAUAUGGGAAAAGGCAGGCCGGUACAACUGAGGCCCGGGACCCUGAGGGGUCAAGGGGCAGGGGGCGGGGGCCCCUUAGCCAGGGGAGGCCCCCCAGGACUCGCUGUUGAGACAAACGCAGAAACCACGGAGUAGGGAGGGGCUUUUCUGUCCUUGGACCUGUAUAUUUGUAAAGCUAUUUAUCGACACCCAGAGCCAUGUCCCGUCGCUCCCCAGGGCCCUAGUGUUUAGCCAGCUGCAUGGCAGAGGUUUAAGUUUUAACUUAUUAACAGUGAAAAGGUUUAUGCUUCAUUUAGGGGAUUGCUGAGGGUGCCUCCAAGCCCGCACCCCAAGGCUGGAGCCAACCCCCGGGCACCCUAAAGGGUCAUUAAUAGUUUGAGAUGAUUCCAUGAGGAUAUUUUAUUCCCUUUGGCCUUCUUUUGCAGGAGAAGUAGAUUUCUAUAGGAUUUUUCUCUAGGAGAUUUAUUUUUUUAGACUUCAAAGCAAGCUGGUAUUUUCAUACAAUUUCUUCUAAUUGCCAUGUGUUCCAGGCAGGGAGGCAAUUUCAGGGGGGGCCACCCCUGCAUGCAGGUUCAGAUGUUAUUAGAUGUUACAAGUUUAUAUAUAUCUAUAUAUAUAAUUUAUUGAGUUUUUACAAGAUGUAUUUGCUGUAGAUUUAACACUUCUUACGCAAUGCUUCUAGACUUUUAUAGCCCGGACUGCUACCUUUCAAAGCUUGGGAGAGAAAGCCACAGAUUCAGUUUUGUUACUUUUUGUACUGUUAACGGCCCUGAGUUUGGGCGGCUGUUCUCUGCUUGUCAGCAGGCUCAGGGUGGUCUCUGUUCUCAGGGACCCCAGCCUUGUGGGGGCCAAACCGGCAGACGUGCUUUCCAAAAAAUAAACAGACACCUGGUUCAGA